CCACUCGUCUGCCGGAAGCUGACAGCGUUAUCCCGUGCCGCCCGCCCACGCAAGCGCUUUUCGUAUUUCAUAACUUCUUUAUAAACCUAUAAAUCCGCACUUCUUCUCUUCUCACUGGUACUUCACAACGAAACCCUGUGUUUUAAUCAAUUAAACAAAACAAGCACAAACAAACCUACGGCAUACAUUGCCACGCCCGCCAUGUCACGAUACUGGCCACAUUCCGCCUAUGCCGAAGACCAGCCUCUCGGCCAUGCCAUUCUCACAGUCCACGUCGCUACUCGAGCCGUAACGCUUGGAUCCAUCAUCGGAAUCGGCAUCACGACUACUCGCACGCUAAUCCCUGCUCUGCGCGGCGCAUCCACGGCGUCCUUUGGCGCAAGACUGCUCAAAUCAGCGUCCAGCUCCAUCCUCAUCACACUGGGCAUCACGGGCGUCGGGUUGGUUGGUCGCAUGUGGGGGCGUGAAACUAUUGAAUGGCAGGAUAGAAGCUGGCGUCUGCUCGAGAAUAGAGGCCAGGUUGAGACGGACGACUGGACAUAUGCGGGAAUGGGUGCGGGUGCGACGGCUGCAUUGGUGUCGAUGCUGAACAAGGGCAGCAACAGGCCGGCAAUGGCCACGAUGGGAUGGAAGGGCGUUCUUGGAGCGGCGGGAUUAGGUAGCGUGGGUGGUAUGGCUGGAUACAUGGUCUGGCGAUAUGGUAUACAUGGUGGAAAGUUCGCUACAGAGGCGACAAGAAAGUCGGAACGGCCAUCUAUGUGAGAUGUUGUAUUUUAAGGAGGAGGCGACCAAGGCAUUUUCUUAUUUUCUGGGACAAACCGGCAUACCAAAUUGUGCAACUCAAUGUAUUCAUUUCUUCAUUCGUUUAUCUAUUUACUUUAGUAGUAGCAAAGUCUCCAUUAUCCACUCCAGCCGUGCUC